AUUUCCUCUAACAGUUCAUAAUUUGAAAAAUAUGACGACUGUUGUUUAUAUAGUCCAUUGUGAAAAUGUAAUUUGCAUAAUAAUUUGGAACGCGGUGUAAACAUCAACCUAUUAAGAUUUUCUUAAUUCUGCUAUUGCUCAAAAAUCGUCAUGGCGACAUCUAGCGGGGUAUAACAGCCCUUGAACAACUUCAAUAUCCAGUCAUCCACUGGUUUGCAAUGACUAUGCCUCGUCAGUGACAAGAAGUUAUUUUGAGGGCGUAUUGUCGCAAACGUCUUGUCACGUUUCAGCGAAUCUUGAGUUUGGUGAGGAUGAUACCAUAUCCGAAAUAAACCUGGUAGCGUCUGACAAUACAAGAGGGGUGGUACUGGAGAGUGCGCGCGGUGGAUUUGGAAGCAACCACGACUGGACUGUGAGGCAGCGGGUCCUGAAGCGAAUGAUCUGGUAGUAGUCUAUUAUAUAAAAGCCCUUUGGCGACACUACACUUAGGAGUGCUCAUACGUAAACUGGAUAGCAGUUUGACCUCGGUAACAAUGCAUUCCAUAAGGAACUUUUUCUGUGGCCAGUGGUCAUCCACAGAGAGGCUUGAUGAGAAAACAGUUAUUAUCACUGGGGCCAACACAGGGAUAGGGAAGGAGACAGCAAGAGAUCUGGCCAAGCGAGGUGCUCGUAUCAUAAUGGCCUGCAGAGAUAUGGAGCGAGGGGAGGCAGCCCGUAAGGAGAUUGCGGAAGACUCUGGCAACCAGAACAUUGUCCUGAAGAGGCUAGACCUCUCCAACACCAAGUCCAUACGGGAAUUUGCUGAAUUAAUUAACAAAGAGGAGCAGCAGCUCAAUAUCCUGAUCAACAAUGCUGGUGUGAUGCUGUGUCCCUUCUCCAAAACAGCAGAUGGCUUCGAGAUGCAGAUCGGUGUCAAUCACCUUGGCCACUUCCUGCUGACCUUCCUAUUGCUGGACCUAUUGAAGCGCUCGGCCCCGGCCCGGGUGGUGAACGUGGCGUCUGUGGCCCACACCUGGGUGUCGGGCAUCCAGCUGGAUGACAUCAACAGUGAGAAGGCCUACAACGCCCGCCGAGCCUACGGCCAGAGCAAGCUCGCCAACAUCCUCUGCACCCGCUCACUUGCCAAGAGACUACAAGGUAGUGGUGUGACGGUGUACAGUCUGCAUCCGGGCGUGGUCCAGACGGAGCUGUGGCGGCACCUGAGUGCUCCGGUGCAGGUGGCCGUCAGGGUGUUCAGCCCCUUCACCAAGACCUCAGUGCAGGGCGCCCAGACCUCUGUAUACUGCGCUGUGGAGCCAGCACUGGAGAAGGACAGCGGAGACUACUACAGUGACUGUGCUCCGGCGCGUUGUUCACGGGCUGCCAAAGAUGAUGAAAUGGCAGAGAAACUCUGGGAGCUGAGCUGCCAGCUGUUGGGGAUCCAUUGGGACUAAUGACCUAAGGACAGACAGGUUCAUUAUCACCGAGGAAUAAAAUACAUCUUUGUAUAAACUACAAAUCGUAUCAGCACUAAUUUUACUGACACUUUCAACAGCUCAUUUGUACUGUAGUGAUAAUUACCAGUGAACUGCAUCAGUUAAAUGUUCUGUGAAAUAGUUAUUGGUUGGGACACUGCAUAUUUCAGAGGAAGUGGUAUCAUUUUUCUUGUGUGAUUAAGAACUUCUUACUGUCUCUUCCUGUCGGGUUCUGGGUUCUGACGGUAGAUGUAUGCCUACUGGGCAUCCCUACUGUAUUUUUUGGAUGCAUGUGAAGUCA